AUGAUCUAUUACAGCAACUACUAUGGGGGGCUUGGCUAUGGUGGGCUUGGCUAUGGCUAUGGUUGUGGCUAUCGUGGUUAUGGAGGCUAUGGAUAUGGCUGCUGCCGCCCAUCUUGCUUUGGAAGAUAUUGGUCAUAUGGAUUCUACUGA